UCGAGGAAUAAUGGCUUCCCCGGCGGCGGUGCCGCCGCCUACGCCGCCGGAGUCCGACCCGCGGCUCGUGGAGGCCUUCGUGCCCUUCCUGGAGAAGCUCGUCAAAAACGCCUCGUGGCGCAACAAGGCGCACUCCAAGCUCUCCCACACUGCCAAGUCCAUCCUCGACCGCCUGCAGAACCCGCCGCCGGCCGCGGCGGCGCAGGCGCCGUCCACGCCCACCUGCCCCACGACGCCCACUUCCUCCUCCUCGCAACCGGGCCCGCUCCGCAGCCUGUCGCUCGCGGACUCGGAGCUGCUCCUCGGCCCCAUCACCUCCGCGCUCGGCUCCGGCAGCGCCAAGCUCGCCGAGGCAGGGCUCGAGCUGCUCCACAGGCUGAUCGCGCACUCCUACAUCCAUGGUGAGGCUGACCCUUCCGCCGACCCCUCGGCGCAGCUCGUCGCGUCCCUCCUCGAUGCCGCCUGCAAUGCGCUCCACCUUGAUGACGAGCACAUCGAGCUCCUCCUCCUCAAGACGCUCCUCUCGGCGGUCACCUCCACGUCCGUGCGCCUCCAUGGAGAUUGCCUGCUCCGCGCCGUGCGUGCUUGCUAUGAUAUGUACCUGGGGAGCCGCAGCGUGGUGAACCAGGCCACUGCUAAGGCGUCGCUCGUGCAAAUGCUGGUGAUCGUGUUCCGCCGCAUGGAGGCGGACUCCUCAACGGUGCCUGUGCAACCCAUCGUUGUGGCUGACGUGAUCGAGCUGCCUGACGCUGCUUCUGGUUCAUCGCCUGCUGCUGAUGCCAACUUUGUACAGGGAUUCAUCUCGAAGAUCAUUGGAGACAUUGAUGGUGCACUAACACCGCUGGCACGGACGACUUCGUCCACAGUUGCAGGUGCAGGUGGAGCAGCGGCCCAUGAUGGCGCAUUUGAGACAACAGCAGCAGAGGAAGGGGCACAUCCGGCAGAUUUGCUUGAUUCAACAGACAAAGAUAUGCUAGACGCCAAAUACUGGGAGAUCAACAUGUACAAGUCUGCUCUUGAGGGUCGGAAGGAUGAGCUUGGUGUUGAGGGGGCAGUGGUGGGAACUUUGGAUGAUGAUGCUGAUGUGAGGAUUGGAAAUAAACUGCGAAGAGACGCUUUCUUGGUUUUCCGUGCAUUGUGCAAGCUCUCCAUGAAGACACCUCCCAAGGAUGCACCAGCUGAUCCCAUUGUUAUGCGUGGGAAGAUCCUUGCUCUUGAACUUCUCAAGAUAUUGCUUGAAAAUGCUGGCGCUGUUUUCCGGACCAGUGAGAGAUUCCUAGGUGCUAUCAAACAGUAUCUGUGCCUUUCGCUUUUGAAGAACUGUGCCUCAGCACAUAUGAUAGUUUUUCAGCUAUCUUGUUCCAUUUUCAUUAGCUUGGUUGCAAGAUUCAGACCAGGAUUGAAGGCAGAGAUUGGAGUAUUCUUUCCCAUGAUCAUUCUGAGAGUUUUGGAAAAUAUUGCUCAACCAAAUUAUCAAGCAAAGUUGAUUGUUCUUCGUUUUCUGGAAAAGCUCUGUGCUGAUUCUCAAAUCUUGGUAGACAUUUUUAUUAAUUAUGAUUGUGAUGUACACUCAUCAAACAUAUUUGAAAGGAUGGUUAAUGGUCUGCUAAAAACAGCUCAAGGGCCUCCAGCAGGCCUGUCCACCACAUUAGUUCCUCCCCAGGACACCACAAUGAAAAGUGAAGCUAUGAAAUGCUUAGUUGCUAUUCUGAGAUCCAUGGGAGAUUGGAUGAAUAAGCAGCUACGAAUUCCAGAUCCUGACUCUCCUAAUGUAGAGUCAGAGCAAAACGAUAAUGAUGGAGGACAUGAGCUUCCCCACACAGAGGAUAAUGGAGAUGAAUGUAGUGAAGCAUCUGAUUCUCAUUCAGAAAUGUCAAAUGGGGUUUCAGAGGCUGCAUCUUUGGAGCAGCGCCGAGCUUACAAGAUGGAACUUCAGGAAGGUAUCUCUCUAUUUAAUCGGAAGCCCAGAAAGGGAAUUGAGUUCUUAAUAAAUGCCAACAAGGUGGGGGAGUCACCUGAGGAAAUAGCUGCUUUCUUAAAAAGUGCUUCUGGUUUAAACAAGACUAUGAUUGGAGAUUAUUUAGGGGAGAGGGAAGAUUUAUCCCUCAAAGUCAUGCAUUCAUAUGUGGAUUCAUUUGAUUUUCAAGGCAUGGAGUUUGAUGAAGCGAUUCGAGCUUUUCUUCAAGGUUUCAGGUUGCCUGGAGAAGCUCAAAAGAUUGAUCGGAUUAUGGAAAAAUUUGCAGAGCGUUACUGCAAAUGUAACCCAAAGGCCUUUUCCAGUGCAGAUACAGCUUAUGUCCUUGCUUAUUCAGUCAUAAUGCUGAACACUGAUGCACAUAAUCCGAUGGUUAAAAAUAAGAUGUCACCAGAAGAUUUCAUCAGAAACAAUCGAGGUAUUGAUGAUGGGAAAGACCUGCCUGAGGAAUUUAUGAGGUCCUUGUAUGAAAGGAUUUGGAAAAAAGAGAUUAAAAUGAAAGAAGAAGAAUUUGUUCCCCAACAGCAAAAAUCAACAAACUCUAACAAAAUUCUUGGAUUGGAUAACAUUCUUAAUAUUGUCAUACGCAAACGAGACUCACCUAUGGAGACAAGCGAUGAUCUCAUUAAGCAUAUGCAGGAGCAAUUCAAAGAAAAGGCUCGCAUGUCCGAGUCAGUAUUUUAUCCAGCAACAGAUGUGGUAAUCUUGAAGUUCAUGGUUGAGGUUUGCUGGGCUCCUAUGCUUGCUGCCUUCAGUGUUCCACUUGACCAGAGUGACGAUGAGAUUGUCAUAGCCCAGUGCCUUGAAGGAUUUCGCAGCGCAAUCCACGUUACUGCAGCUAUGUCUAUGAAGACUCAAAGGGAUGCAUUUGUCACUUCACUUGCUAAGUUUACAUCUCUUCACUCUGCUGCAGAUAUCAAGCAGAAAAAUAUUGAAGCCAUUAAGGCAAUUCUAUUAAUUGCAGAUGAAGAUGGAAAUUACUUGCAAGAAGCAUGGGAGCAUAUAUUAACCUGUGUUUCUCGUUUUGAAAAUCUACAUCUCGUAGGAGAAGGUGCUCCUCCAGAUGCUUCUUUCUUCGCACUGCAACAGCCAGAUGUUGAUAAAUCAAAACAGACCAAGUCAUCCAUUCUUCCUGUUUUAAAAAAGAAGUCCCCAAAUGCUGGUCCAACCUCUAAACGAGGUUCCUAUGAUAGUGCUGGUGUGGGUGGCAAAGCUUCUGGGGUUGAUCAAAUGAACAAUGUGGUGACAAGCCUCUUAGAACAAGUUGGCAUGGCUGAAAUGAAUCGUGUAUUCGCAAGAAGUCAAAAACUCAACAGUGAAGGCAUAAUUGACUUUGUAAAGGCUCUUUGUAAAGUCUCCAUGGAGGAAUUACGAUCUGCUUCCGAUCCGCGGGUUUUUAGUCUGACAAAGAUUGUUGAGAUUGCGCACUACAAUAUGAACCGCAUCAGGCUUGUUUGGUCAAGCAUAUGGCACGUCUUGUCUGAAUUUUUCGUUACAAUUGGCUGCUCAGAAAACCUCUCAAUUGCAAUAUUUGCCAUGGACUCAUUGAGGCAGCUGGCAAUGAAGUUUCUGGAACGAGAAGAGCUGGCUAACUACAAUUUCCAGAAUGAAUUUAUGAAGCCUUUUGUUGUUGUAAUGAGGAAGAGUCGAGCUGUUGAGAUCAGAGAACUAAUCAUCAGAUGUGUCUCCCAAAUGGUCUUGGCACGUGUUAGUCAUGUGAAGUCAGGGUGGAAGAGUAUGUUUAUGGUCUUUGCAACAGCAUCAUAUGAUGACCAUAAAAAUAUUGUACUCCUGGCAUUUGAAAUUAUUGAGAAGAUAUUGCGGGAGUACUUUCCGUACAUUACUGAGACCGAGUCAACAACUUUCACUGAUUGUGUGAACUGUCUUAUUGCAUUUACUAAUAGUAGGUUUAACAAGGAUAUAAGCCUUAAUGCAAUCGGUUUUCUUCGAUUCUGUGCGGCAAAGCUAGCAGAAGGUGACAUUGGAUCCUCUUCAAGGUUGAAGGAAAAUCCACCUUCUCCUCGUUUGACCAAGGAUGGAAAGCAGGAAACUGCAAUUCUUGUUGAUAAGGAUGAUAAUAUACACUUUUGGUUUCCUUUAUUAGCAGGAUUGUCUGAACUUACCUUUGACCUACGACCUGAAAUCAGGAAAAGUGCAUUGCAGGUGUUAUUUGACACAUUAAGAAACCAUGGUCAUCUCUUCUCCUUGCCUUUGUGGGAGAAGGUGUUUGAUUCAGUGCUUUUCCCAAUAUUUGAUUAUGUGCGUCAUGCUAUUGAUCCAUCUAGUAGUUCUCCACAAGGACAAAAUGUGGAAAGUGAUCCUUCAGAACUUGAUCAGGAUGCAUGGCUAUAUGAGACAUGUACUUUGGCCCUUCAGCUAGUUGUGGACCUCUUUGUUAAAUUCUAUGACACAGUUAACCCUCUUCUUAGAAAAGUUCUUUCGCUCUUGACGAGUUUCAUAAAGCGUCCCCACCAGAGUCUUGCUGGCAUAGGUAUUGCUGCAUUUGUUCGUUUGAUGAGCAGUGCUGGAUCUGUCUUCGUUGAUGAAAAAUGGUUAGAGGUGGUAUUGUCGUUGAAAGAAGCUGCCACUGAGACCCUUCCUGAUUUUUCUUAUAUUGCAUCUGGAGCUUACCUUGAAAAUGUACCAAUAGAAAAUGGAGGCUCUUCAGAAAAGAGAGAAGAUGAGCCUCAACCAUUGGAGGAUGGCACCGAAGAAGCUUCAAGAUCAAGGAACUUGUAUUUUGCAAUUGGUGAUGCCAAAUGCCGGGCUGCUGUCCAACUCCUAUUGAUUCAGGCUGUGAUGGAGAUAUAUAACAUGUACAGAGCUCGGUUAUCAUCACAAAACACUGUGAUCCUCUUUGAGGCAUUGCACACAGUUGCUACUCAUGCUCAUAAAAUAAACAGUGAUAAUGACCUGCGGUCCAAGUUGCAGGAGUUGGGCUCCAUGACCCAAAUGCAGGACCCACCUCUUUUACGCCUCGAGAAUGAGUCAUAUCAGCUGUGUCUGUCUAUCCUCCAGAACAUUUGCUUGGACAGAUCUCCUGACGAAGGGAGCGUAGAGGUGGAAAGCCACCUUGUUGGACUAUGCAAAGAAGUCCUCGAAGUGUACCUGAGCACCGCAAACCCCUCUCAGCUUUCUGGUGCUGCGCAGCCACUUGGUCAUUGGCUUAUUCCGGUCGGUUCUUCAAAGCGGAGAGAGCUUGCAGCCCGGGCACCUCUUGUUGUCUCAACCUUGCAAGCUAUCAGCGGCCUCGGUGACUCGUCUUUUGAGAAGAACCUUGGCCAGUUCUUCCCCCUUCUUGCAGGCCUGAUAAGCUGCGAACAUGGUUCGAGCGAAGUUCAGGUGGCAUUGAGUGAUAUGUUUAGCACCUGGGUUGGUCCUGUCGUGCUUCAAUCCUGCUGAUGCCCGGGCCCUUAUAUGAUAAUAUGUUAUAUAGUAUAUCUCCACAUGUAAGUUAUUCUUUGUUUUAUUGCCAUUUCUCGAUGUUUCGCCAUUCCCCAUUUUGUUCUGUUUAUCAUUCUAGUUAUUGGGGGGAGGUUGUCUCGUGCAGAGCUGAACAAUGUAGUUUUUUAUACAUUAAUUUCUUUUUAGCUUUGGGGAGAGUGUAUGUUACAAGAUGACUGAAUUCUGUACGGUAGCUUAGUUGAAAACUGUGGCUUUUCUGUUGCCAAGUUCAAAAUAGAUAUGUUUUGCAUUAGUUAAUGCCUAUGGUUGAAAUAAUGGCAGCUUCUGAGCUGUU